AUGGCUCAAGAUACGGGCUACCAGUGUUUACACGCUUUCUACAAAUGUGUGAUACACCUUUAUCAACACGAGUACUUAAGAAGGCCAACAGAAGCCGAUAUCGAGUGGUUAACUGCCAAACAUGAGCAGGUUCAUGGUUUUCCGGGAAUGCUUGGUAGCAUAGAUUGCAUGCAUUGGGUUGGAGGAACUGUCCAGUGGCAUGGCAAGGGCAGUACACCCGGGGCGACAAGGGCUCCUAAAGUAAAGUUUUCGGUUAAUGGGGAGCAGUUUACAAAGGGAUAUUACCUAGCAGAUGGUAUUUAUCCAAAAUGGGCUACUCUUGUUAAGUCAUUCAAGUGCCCAAUGGACCCGAAAGCCACCAAGUUCAAAAGAUACCAAGAAGCUGCAAGAAAGGAUGUCGUUGAUAAUGGGCGUGCAAUUACUGAGUUUGAAGAAGAGUUGAUAGCUAAUACUACACUCCCAACCCGUACGUGGACUGAAAGGUGUUCAACGCAGCUUCGUAUGUACGGGGAGCUUCGCGAUAGAAUGGCUCACCAUCAACUCCGCAAUACUCUGAUCGAACAUGUUUGGAACCUCCCGGAACAUGGUCGUCAACGUUGA